AUAUGAAUUCGAAACUGUGGCUUGAUUUAGAGGAAGUGAACAUUACCAAGGUAUCGACGUCCAAACAACAUAAGCGUAUCCGCUUCAAAGUUAUUUCCGUUUAUUUACAUUUUAUUGACUAAACCGAUGAAUUCAUGACAUAAAACAGAAGACAGUCAGGAUGACCACUACAGAGUCUCCAAAAAUAGAAGUCACCAGUUUUGAUGAUGAUGACGAUGACGAAUUAGAGAAAGAAUUAGACUCCUUUAUAGAAGAAGAAGAAAAUAAAAAAGCAGAUAGAGAGAAAGAAGAUGACGAGUUGUCAGAUAAAGAUAAAGGAGAAAAUGACGAGGAUAAUGAUGAAUUGAAGAAUAAAAGAGAUAAAAUUGAAACUGAAUCUCCAAAUAAAAGUGACGAUGAAGAAGACAAAGGUCAAAAAGGUCGAUCAACUGAUGACGAGGAUUCUGAGCUUGAAGAUUAUAAAAUAACUGAAGAUCAGAAGAGAGCCUUGGAAGAAAUGGAAAUGAUGAAAAGUGAAUUAGGGUUACCAGAAGAAGACCCCCCUGAGUAUGAUGUGAAAGAUAAAUUGAAAAUUUAUAAUGAAGAGUUAGCCAAAGACCCGACUCCACCAGACAAAAGGAAGGAUUCAAGAGUUGGAUUCAAAGACACUCUAGUUGAUUUGGUGGUGCCCCCUAGUGAUGAUGAUGAAACACCACGACCCUCUGAAAAAUCAAAGACAGAUUCUGAAAAUAAAAACAAUAAUAGUGAAAAAAUUGUCAUAGAACAAGAUGGUAAAUUUGAGGUUGUAAGUUCCGAUGAUGUUAGAGCCAAAGAUAUGGGACUACCACAGUUUAUUGACGAAUCGUUAGACGAGGAUAACAAGGAAAAUCGCUCAUCAUCGUCCUCCCGCCAACCUACACCGCCGUCCAAUCCACGUCCAUCUAGCAGUUCUUCCAGUUCUAGAAGAGUUGUUCGUCCUGGUUCAUCAAAACAGCGUGCUCAGUCGGCACGAACAACACACGACUCUCAUCGACCAUUAGAAAAUUUUUCAUAUAACUCACCUUAUGCAAUGACACCUGAGGAUAAGAAACUACUGAAGCAGCAACAGGAAGAAAAGGAAAGAAGAAAACAAGAAGAAAAGAGGAGAAAAGAAGAGGAAGAAUAUACAAAACAGCGAGAUAAUGAUGACAUUUUUCAAUCUUGGUGGUCGAAAAAGAGAGAACAAAAGAAAGAACAACAAAAACAUGAAGAUCAGGAACGAAAGAAGAAUGGAAAUCAUGAAAAAAAAUAUCGCAGAGACCAGCAGGACGAGGGGUCAGGUGAUCAUCUCAAUGACAGCGAUGAUGACGAGGAGCAUGGAGAUGAGAAUGAGUCCAUUACUGAAUCAGAGGCAAAAGAAAUAGAAGAGGCAUAUAACAAUUGGUUAAAGACAAAAUCACGACAAGUACGGGAAGAAAAAUUACUGAAAAGACGUCAAGAAAAAGAACAGACUGAUGGGUUUAUUAUUAGGAGUAGAACAGAUUGUGACCAAGCUUUCCGAGGAUGGUUAAAGAGAAAGAAUUUAGAAGCAAAAAGACACAGACAGGAAGAGAAACAGUUAGCACGAAUGCAUCGCCUUGCAGCACGGAAAACAAGGAAAUCUCUUGCUCUCGCCAAAGCCAUAAAACAAUCAAAUGCAUUUAAAUAUGUGGACUAUUAUGGCUAUAGAUUUUAAUCAUUGCUAUGGGAACUAGCUUGAAAUAGGCAAAGACUUAUGGGAUGUCUGACUGAAUAGGAAGAGCAUAGAUCUGAUAAUUGCUAUGGUUACUUCAUUAUAUCUAUUACUGCCAGUUUCUAUGGCAACUAUGAUGUUUCCAUGGCAUGGUACAAAGUUUCUGUGAUAUUUGAUUAAAUUUAUCUCUUUAGGAAUGGUGUAGAAUGAUGAUUGUAAUUUGUUAUUAUAUUUUUAUCAGGAAAAUCAUGUUCACGAUUGAUGAAUGUGUGUGUGUAAGUGUGCCAUAUCCUGUAUUCAUGGAGAACUUUGAUAGAUACCUACUUAGGGAUAGAGAAAGAGGACAGAAGAUGUGCAUAGAAAAUCUAGGUGUCUUUUAGUAGACCAAAAACAGAAGAACAUAGAAACAUUUUGGGGGAAAAUUGAAUGUUUUAUAUUUUUAGUGAAAAGUGGAACAAAGCUUUAAACUAUGUUUAUGUUUAACAAUCCAUGUUUCUCUCCCCUUUCCUGCUGAAUACAGAAUAUAGAUCAGAGUAUAAAUGCUUUAGCCCUUAAUAUGUAAUUUUUGGUCUUUUUUUCACUGUUGAAAAAAUAGAAAUUUAGAAGAAAAAAAUCUAUGUUCUAAAUAAUUCUUAUUCUGGUCCUUUAAACCAUUAUUUUUUUAAUGCAGUUUGUCAAAAAAGAAAAUAUUUUUUUUCUGUAAAUUUUUCCUGUUAUUAAUUUUAUGUUGCUUUAUAUUAUGUAUCAUGUCAUUGUCAAUAUAAUCUACAGAACAAGUGUUUAUCCAUGUCCUAUAGAAAUAGUUAGUAUGUCAUUAGCAUUAUAUGUUUUUUCCCCAAAAGUGAUAAAAAGUAAAGUUUCAUAGAAAACAGUUGUAAAAUAAAGUUAUUGACAAUACAAAUUAUUAUUAAUCAUAAUUCCAGUAAAUAUAAGGGUUAUUUUAAUUUCUAUUAUUAUCUGACUUCAUUAUCUUUAAAAUAUUAGAAAUAAAUUCAAAACUAGAUUUAUUUAUGUGUUUAAUUCAGUUAUAUUAUCAGUUUGUAUUUUGCUGAUGAAUUUAUUUUUGUUUUUAAAAAUGUAAAAAAAAAUCAGAUUUACUACUUUAGCAUCAAGAAAAAUAUUGUUUUGAAUUGGAAUAAGAGUUGGAGAAUUAUGCAGACCAAAUAUUUUCAUUCAUAACUUUAUAUAUUAAGGCUUCAAUUUUUUUCCAGCAAUAUCUGUAUUCAUUAGAUAUAAUCAUGAUACUCUUAUCAUUGUGCUAGAUUGUCCUAAAUAUGCAUGAAAUACUUGCCACUAUAAAUUAAGCAAGCAGCAAGGAAGCUUAUUAUGAACACAGAAUGGAUGAUAUUUACCUGAGUUAUCUCCCCUAAGAUGUUGAUUACUUUAUUGCUCUCCUGCUGCCAAUUUUAAAUGACAGAUCUGCACUGAAUAUUCUGCUGAGAGGUUAUUUAACACCAAAUACAAAUUGUUCAAUCUUCUAUUUAUGUACUUGAAUUUGGUUUGUCAACUUUCUGUUUUAAAAAAAAGAUGGCAAUGUUUUGAUUGGAAAAUAAAUAUUGCUCCCUUCUCCCAUUUGAAAUUUAGUGUUGUUGAAAAAUCUACCGAUUCAUUGAUUAUGGUUUCAUAUAAAUGUUUCUCCUACGCAUUAUGUCCUAUCAUGUUUACUUCUUCUGUCAUGUGAAAUCUUGAAUCAUUAAAAAAAGUAGAUUUUUUGCUUUAAUUAACCUUAUCAUGUUUAGGCACAAUAUAAACAAUUUCAUUAUGUUGUAAUAACUCGUUUUGUUGAAUAUUCACAGUGAAUGCUUGUGAUUGUGGCCUAUUUACUGAACCAUCAGUUUAUCCCUACCUUUGCUUGAUGGAAUUCAAAAGUUUAUCUGAAAAAAAACUGUUUAUUGUAUUUGUGUUUUCCUUUGAUGUAAAAUUGAAUGUUGAAGGAAAGUAUUUGAAUUUUGGAAUAAACUUCUAUAAGACCUCUGUAUCAGUUUUAAUGCUAACACAAGUCCUACUGCAUUGGCUUUUGAAAUUGCUUUCAGGCUUGUACAUCUCUACAAGUCAACAGAAUCCAACUAAAUUGUUUCAAAAAUGAGCUUCUGGCUUCUGAACUCAAAAGUUAAGCAUAAAGACUCCUGUAUGAUUGAGUGGGUUUUGUUUGAAUUACUUCUAAAUUUGCUGUUUUAACCUCUUUGAUAGGUAUGAGUGUGAUCAUAAGCAUCAUGAGUAAAUUGCAGAAUUUUAUCAUAAAAGGUACAUUUUACCGUACCAAUGAUAUACCACAUGAUGAGGUUCUGUCUUAGAGUUAAAAUGUAUUUCAAACAUAUUAGGAACACAGAAAAGUGGGCACUACAAAGUCAUACAUAGAUAAGGGGAGUUGGAAGGGUAUGCCUAAGAUUAGUGAUUUCCAGAUGUAAUUGUCAUGAAACUAAAAUUUUAUCAUAUUUCCCCCACCCCCUUUUUUUUACCAGGAAACCUGUUUCUCUCACUUUUACUAGGUAGAUUAGAGACAAUUUGAGCCAUAUACAUUUGCUUUCAGUUGGUUCAAUAACAUUUUGAGAUGGUCCCUUUCCAUUAUUAACUCAUGUAUCUGAAUUUAUGGAUUUUACGGUAGUUUAAUGAAUUAUUUAUACUUAUUAUGCAUACAAUUGUUUUUAUAUUGUAACAGAAUGUGUUUGGAAGUGAGUGCUGUCAUUAUACUGUGUCAUUUUAUCUGGUAGAACAUUUUACAAAUAAAUAAAUAUUUUAUAAAUA